GCUGCCAUUAUUCUCUAAAGGUUCAAUUGGAGUACUUGGGAAUUGGUAAGCUUAAGAAAUGUCUUGGAAUAAAAAAAUUCCAGCAAAUCAAGAGGCAUUGGAAGGCUUGGAUAGUAACUACUUCCACUGCUAUUCCCGUUUGGAAGUCCACAUGUCCAUGCUAAGGGAUUCAGUUCGCACCCAGACCUUUCGCGAUGCCAUCCUACAAAAUCGCGAACUUUUCCAGGAUAAAAUAGUUCUUGAUGUGGGUUGUGGCACAGGAAUAUUAUCCCUAUUUGCUGCCGAGGCAGGAGCCCAAAAAGUUAUUGCGGUGGAGUGCACCGAUAUAGCGGAUGUGGCAAAGGAAAUUGUGAGGGAUAAUCAAAUGGAAGAUGUGGUGAAGGUGGUCAAGGGAUUGGUGGAGCAAGUGGAGCUACCAGAUGAGAUUCACCAGGUGGAUAUUAUAGUUUCCGAGUGGAUGGGCAACGCUCUUUAUAUGGAAGCCAUGCUAAAUUCAGUUAUUUUUGCCCGCGACAAAUGGCUUCGUCGCGGUGGUCUAAUCCUUCCGAACGUGGCAAAUCUCUGGGUGAUUGGUGGUCAGGAUCCCCACAGGCUGGCCAAUCUGAACUUCUGGCGAAAUGUCGAUGGCUUCGACUUCAGUUGUGUUCGGCAAUCGUUUUCCCGGGAACCUUUGGUGGAUUUUGUGCCCAUCCAGCAAUUGCUGACCGACGAGUGCUUCAUACACUCCACUCAUCUGGACUUUGCCAGGAAUCAGCCAGUGGUCUUUCGCUCCAACUUCCUGCUGACUGUAAAGCGACCGGGAGUCAUCAACAUGUUGGUGCUGUACUUCGAUGUGGGUUUUCCGGCUGGCGAAUCAAAGGACUGCGUGAUCCUGUCCACUUCGCCAAAGGCUCCAUGGACCCACUGGGAGCAGACUUUGCUGUAUCUGGAUGAGCCACUCUAUGUGAAGGCCAACGAUCGAGUGCGAGGUGUUUUGGCCAUGAAGCCAGCUACUUUAAACAACCGCUGCAUGCACUUUGACCUGAACAUCAGCUUCCGAGGCGAUCGAACCAGGGUCGAGAGCUUCAAGAGCUUCGGAUGAGCGGGAUUACGACUCGAUCAAGUCAGGGAUCAUAAAAUGAACCGAAU